AUGUCGCAACCUAGGCAGUUUUACUCAGAAUUAGAAAAGACUCUGUUAAUAGAACUAGUUGGAAAACACAAAGAUGUUAUCGAAAAUAAGAAGAACGAUUAUAAGACAAUUAGACAAAAAACCCUCGCGUGGGAAGAGUUAGCACAAGAAUUUAAUACCCAAUCUGGUGUUACGAAAAGAGAUUCGAAGCAGUUAAUGAAAUGCUGGGAAAAUGUGAAGGCCCGUGCCAAGAAGAAUCUUGCGAAGGAGAAGAGACGUGCAAAAUUGACGGGUGGUGGUCCAUCGUGUGUGCAACAAGAAGACGAGGAUGCGGCCGUAGCCGCAAUUAUUCCCAAUCAAAUAGACAGCCUUAGCAACUCGUUUGACGACGAUAAUUACGUCGCAGACAACACAGAUAACGAAAGUGAUAAUUCACAGGCGUCGAGUACAAAUGCGCAGAACCAACAGCAAAAAUCAUCUAUCAUCGUUGAGGCGGCUCUGAAGGACUCAGGCACAACAAAGCCAAGAAUAUCAGCAGCGCAAGAAAAAUGUUUGAAAAUGCAGACAUCACAGCAUGAAGCUGAAAUGGACCUCUUAGAACUCCAAAAAGCCAAUCUGUUGAUGCAACACAAAAGAAAAAUGGAGGUGUUAGACGCCGAACUUGAAUAUUGGACGUCUGUGACAAAGGCAAUGAAGACAACAGACGAACAACAACGGAGACCAAAUACAAGAUCAAAAAAAUGA